AUGGCCAACUCGGAUACCCACACAGCCUUCUUCUACGGAACCUUGAUGGCCCCCGGCGUUCUUCACCGCGUGAUCGACGGCACACACAGUCCGUCCGAGUCCCAGGCGUCUCGUCUGACGAUUCGUCCCGCCCUCUUGCAUUCUUACACGCGCCAUCGCGUCCGCAACGCGGACUACCCGGCCAUAUUACCCUCGCCUGACGUGUCGACGGCUUGUGUCCGCGGCAGCCUCGUGACGGGCUUGACGUCCGCCGACCUCUACAGACUCGACAUCUUCGAAGGAGACCAGUACGUUCGACGAAAAGUCCGCGUGCAGGUUCUCAAGGACGUCGGGCUCGACGAGGUCGCGCCCACAGACUCUGCGCACGUCCUGGAAGAAGUCGAGGCCGAGACGUACGUGUGGGACGAGGGCGAAGCGACACUCGAGCCGAAAGAGUGGGAUUUCGAGGAGUUCAAGCGGGACAAGAUGAAGGCGUGGAUGGGUAUGGCUCAGAGUGAAGAGGUAGAAGUGGACGGGGGAUUUGCCGACGUAGACCGCGCCGUGGCGGAGCAGGAAAAGGCACUUCAGGGGGAAGGACAAAAUCACGAUCCUAUGGGAGGACGAGGUGCGAAUGGGCAUAUUACAAGGCAAUUAGAGGAGGCAGCCGUAUAG